AAAAACUGGAAGUUUGCGCAGUGGAGUUCAGGACUGAUUUUGAAGUCAAGACAAGUAAAGGGCGAUAUCGUUACAGUACUACCAUUGUUGCCUUGAUUUUUUUAAAAAAAUAUUUACGAGUCUGCCAUAUUUAAGAAAAUGCCUCUCAGUACUCGAGAAAUAAUGGAUGCCCUUGCCAUUGUGGCGGAACACGAAAACGUGAAAGUUGCAGUCAGGAAAUCGGUUAUGGGAGGUGUUAUUGCUUGUUUAACAACUAUUUGUGGAGGCCUCCUGGCUGGACGUUUCGGCAUGGCGAUUGGCAGCACAUUUGGUGGAAUCACAGCCUAUAUUAUGAGUAACAACUUCAAGCCUCUCCCACAAAUAUUAAUGGAAGACCUUAGUGUUCACCAGAAGGAAGAAUUGGUUAGAUCUGUUCGGGCUGUUAUUAAUGACAUUAGAGUAGAAGAUGCAGUUAUGCUUGCGACAUUGAUUGUCGGUAACAGAACUCUGUCAAAAACUGUUCUACAGUUGGUAGUAAAUUUUCUGAGAACACAGAUGUAGAAGUAACUGGUCCAAGCUAUGUUCAGUAGUAUCAUUUUUUUGUUUAAAAUCAAACUAUAUUAUUGUCAUACAAUGUAGGCUUUCACAGCCAGUGUUGUCUUCAGUUAAAACUUCUGGGCUGAGAGGCCGUGGUCAUGUCACAUCGGCAUCAUGUGACGAAUGGUGGUGCCCUCUAUGUGCUCUAUAAAUGCGAGAGUACCUGCAGCCUCAGUGGCAGUAGCCGCACGACCUCAGAAGAUGUCUCCCGCAGUUGGAGACGAAACGUUAGGUGGAAAUUUUAUACAUCGACCAUGGCCUCCCAGUCUGGACAUUUUAACUGAAGAAUGUUAUUGUCAUUUUUGUGUGUAAAUAAUUUAUAUUUUUUAUUUAAAACAGUCACUAAAUGAUGUUUUUAUCUAGCCAUAUCACCCAUGGGAAUUUACAUUUUGAGAAUACAGUGAUUGUCUACUUUACUUCAAUAAAAUAGUGGUGUCAGCAUUUUUACAAAAGGCACAACCCAGUAAUUUGAUCGUGUUCAUGUAUCUUUUAGGAAUUAUUCUGUGUUGCAUAGCUUUACCAUAUAUAGAAAUGUAUUACUUUCACAGAAUUUAAUUUUUGUGUGAUCAGUGUUACACAUAUCAGAAUGUGAUAUGGACUGUAAUAAGUAUGACAAAUGAGGUUGCUAUAAAAUUUAUUUUCAGCAUUAGCUAGGAAAAUGAGUUAGUGUGUGAUAGUUUGUCUUUAUAUUUGAUAUAAUAUGUCAUCUAGUGCUGCAAUAUA